AUGGCUGAAACGAAAUCACCAGCAAAAAAGAAAAGAACCGAAAUAAUCGCUCAUAGUAGAGGUAUGCUAACACUAUACUUAUCUGUCUUGUCAGACCUCACACUUCUUUGCGCCUCGCCUUUGGAACCACCCAAAGGCCCAUUCACCACGGCUCCCGCCGCAAACUCGCGAUUCUUCCAAAUUGUCGCUUUGUACCGUCUUCGACAAACUCUCAACAACAUUCCACCUCCUGCUGACUGCUGA